AGAAGCUUCCUGUGUGUGUGGAGAGAGGAGCAGGAGUGAGGACGCUGGUGCUGGGCUUGUUUUUUAUUUUAGAGUGUAUAACAUUGGACACAACACAUUUCAGUGGAGGCGGCGGGAGAGGAGGUGACGGUGACCGGCACUGAGGUAACUUAAGGAGAUUGAGUCCCAGUAAGAAUAGAAGACAAGGCUGUGGAAAGAGACAACGUGAAAAGGAAUCUUGUUCCCUGCUCUAGCCAACUAAAGAUAUAAUUUCUUCUUAAGCUUCUGAAGGGUUCAAAGAAACUAUUUUCAUUUUCUAGAUAGAAGUUUUUAAUUUAUACAUGAUGAGUCUCACAGGAGAGAGACCACAUCUGUGCUCUGAGUGUGACAAAAUCUUUAGAUGUAAAUCACAUCUUCUCGUACAUCAGAGGAGUCACACAGGAGAAAAACCAUUUACAUGUUCUGAGUGCAGCAAGUGUUUUUCCCAUAAGUUAUCUCUUGUUGUACAUCAGAGGAUUCACACAGGAGAGAGACCAUUUGAAUGUUCUGAAUGCAGCAAGUGUUUUUCCAGGAAGUCACUUCUUAUUAUGCAUCAGAAGAGUCACACAGGAGAAAACCCAUUUACAUGCUCUGAAUGCAGCAAGUGUUUUUCCCAUAAGUCGCAUCUUGUUAUACAUCACAGAAGUCACACAGGAGAGAAACCAUUUGAAUGUUCUGAAUGCAGCAAGUGUUUUUCCACGAAAUCACAUCUUGUUAUACAUCAGAGGAGUCACACAGGAGAGAAACCAUUUACAUGCUCUGAAUGCAGCAAGUGUUUUUCCCAUAAGUUAUCUCUUGUUAUACAUCAGAGGAUUCACAGAGGAGAGAAAUCAUUUACAUGUUCUGAAUGCAGCAAGUGUUUUUCACGGAAGUCAUCUCUUGUUCUACAUCAGAGGAGUCACACAGGAGAGAAACCUUAUGAAUGUCCUGAAUGCAGCAAGUGUUUUUCCCAGAAGCCAGAGCUUGUUGUUCAUCAGAGGAGUCACACAGGAGAGAAACCUUUUACAUGUUCUGAAUGCAGCAAGUGUUUUUCCCAAAAGAGCAGUCUUAUUACACAUCAGAGGAGUCACACAGGAGAGAAACCAUUUAAAUGUUCUGAAUGCAGCAAGUGUUUUUCCCAGAAGUCAUAUCUUGCUAUACAUCAGAGGAGUCACGCAGGCGAUAAACCAUUUACAUGUUCUGAAUGCAGCAAGUGUUUUUCACGGAAGUCAUCUCUUGUUCUACAUCAGAGGAGUCACACAGGAGACAAACCUUAUGAAUGUCCUGAAUGCAGCAAGUGUUUUUCCCAGAAGUCAGAGCUUGUUAUUCAUCAGAGGAGUCACACAGGAGAGAAACCUUUUACAUGUUCUGAAUGCAGCAAGUGUUUUUCCCAAAAGAGAAAUCUUAUUACACAUCAGAGGAGUCACACAGGAGAGAAACCAUUUAAAUGUUCUGAAUGCAGCAAGUGUUUUUCCCAUAAGUCGUAUCUUGCUAUACAUCAGAGGAGUCACACAGGAGAGAAACCAUUUACAUGUUCUGAAUGUAGGAAGUGUUUUCCCCAGAAGUCAGAGCUUGUUAUACAUCAGAGGAGUCACACAGGAGAGAAACCAUUUACAUGUUCUGAAUGUAGCAAGUGUUUUUCCCAGAAGUCACAUCUUGUUAUACAUCAGAGGAUUCACACAGGAGAGAAACCAUUUACAUGUUCUGAAUGCAGCAAGUGUUUCUCCCAUAAGUCAUAUCUUCUCGUACAUCAGAGGAGUCACACAGGAGAAAAACCAUUUACAUGUUCUGAGUGCAGCAAGUGUUUUUCCCAUAAGUUAUCUCUUGUUAUACAUCAGAGGAUUCACACAGGAGAGAAACCAUUUGAAUGUUCUGAAUGCAGCAAGUGUUUUUCCCAGAAGUCACAUCUUGUUAUACAUCAGAGGAGUCACACAGGAGAGAAACCUUAUGAAUGUCCUGAAUGCAGCAAGUGUUUUUCCCAGAAGUCAGAGCUUGUUGCUCAUCAGAGGAGUCACACAGGAGAGAAACCUUUUACAUGUUCUGAAUGCAGCAAGUGUUUUUCCCAGAAGUCAGAGCUUGUUAUACAUCAGAGGAUUCACACAGGAGAGAAACCAUUUACAUGUUCUGAAUGCAGCAAGUGUUUUUCCAGGAAAUCACUUCUUAUUAUGCAUCAGAGGAGUCACACAGGAGAGAAACCAUUUACAUGCUCUAAAUGCAGCAAGUGUUUUUCCCAAAAGUUAUCUCUUGUUAUACAUCAGAGGAUUCACAGAGGAGAGAAACCAUUUACAUGUUCUGAAUGCAGCAAGUGUUUUUCCCAGAAGUCACAUCUUGUUAUACAUCAGAGGAGUCACACAGGAGAGAAACCUUAUGAAUGUCCUGAAUGCAGCAAGUGUUUUUCCCAGAAGUCAGAGCUUGUUGCUCAUCAGAGGAGUCACACAGGAGAGAAACCUUUUACAUGUUCUGAAUGCAGCAAGUGUUUUUCCCAGAAGUCAGAGCUUGUUAUACAUCAGAGGAGUCACACAGGAGAGAAACCAUUUAAAUGUUCUGAAUGCAGCAAGUGUUUUUCCAAGAAGUCAUAUCUUGCUAUACAUCAGAGGAGUCACACAGGAGAGAAACCAUUUAAAUGUUCUGAAUGCAGCAAGUGUUUUUCCCAUAAGUCAAAUCUUGUUAGACAUCAGAGAGUUCACACAGGAGAGAAAUCAUUUACAUGUUCUGAAUGUAAGAAGGGUUUUUCCCAGAAGUCAUAUCUUGUUAUACAUCAGUGGAGUCACACAGGAGAGAAACCAUUUACAUGUUCUGAAUGCAGCAAGUGUUUUAUUAGUAAGAAAACACUCAGUAAUCACAUGCGGAGUCACUCUGAGGGCCUGAAUGCAGCUUGUGUAUCAUAAGUAAUGUAACUUAUCACAACUGUAUGAAUUCAAUGGAG